UCUUAUCUGAGACAGAAGACAAAGAAAAUUAGUAAUCAAUCAGUUGCUUAAAAGGAUAUUCAUUUUGUGUAUCAGGCUCUGUAUGUAGAGGAAAAAAAACAUAAUUCGUCAGAGAACGAAAUCUAGAAAAUGUGUUGUGGGAAUAGCUAUGUCGCAGCGGACUCGUUUGCUGGGGCCAAGGCUGGGGCCUAUUCCCACUCCUACAUUAUGGGACAGGUUCAUAACAGUGGAGGGGGGAGGUGACGGGUGGGCGUGGCACAGACCCCUGGUAUUGUACGCUUGGCCUGGGCCAGAUCGCUUGGGAAUGAAAUUAGGCCAUAGAAAUAGGCAAAACAAAAGAUCUUGAGAGCGGUCCACCUUGAUUUUUCUAUGAAAAUUCACGGAAGCGGAAGCCGCCAUGGGCUGAGACUUAGUCUUAAAUAAAAUUAUUAAUUAACAAAAUGAAAUCUUCAUGAUAGCUUCGUCCUCAAGAAGGACGCUGUAAUCAAUGGACUUUAAACCGAGAGGGUCGUAUGGAUUAAUUCCGUUGUUAUCAUUAGAUCUACAGUCGUAGUUCAAUAUCAAUAUCUUGUAUAUGUAUCUAGAUCAAGUCAAUACAUGUGUAUAAUUACAACUAUCAUCUGACACGGAACACACGCGCCUGAGCGUGCCAGUAAGGACAAAUGAAGCGUGCGUGUUGUGUUGGUAGCCACCACUAAAAUGGACAAAAGUGCAGAUGCCCCAUGCAACCGCCUGUACAUUGAAGAUAAAAAGUUUAUGUACAAUGGAGUGCAUGUGUUUCUGUCAGGGGGGAAUCUUCCUUGGAUCAACUACGCCCAUGACUUUGGUGAUGGUCAGUGGGUCAGGGUUCGAGACCAGGUGUCUGAACAGAUGAGACUGCUGCAUGAUGCUGGAGGUAACUCUAUGAGGCUGUGGAUUCACAUCCAGGGGGAGACGACCCCCGCCUUUAACGAGGCCGGUUACGUAACUGCCAUGGACAGACUCGGCACAUUUCUCUCUGACUUCAAGGACAUGUUGAACCUAGCUCAGAGUCAUGACAUUCUCGUAUUCCCAACUCUGUGGAACGCUGCGGUCAACCAAGACACUCAUGGCCGGCUGGACGGACUCAUUCGCGACCCAGACAAGCUUCAGAGCUACCUGGACGUUGUGCUGACCCCUCUGGUCAAGCAGGUCAAAGGUCACCCGGCUCUCGCGGGCUGGGACAUCAUCAACGAGCCAGAGGGAAUGAUCAUUCCUGCGAAGUGGAGCCGGGAACGCUGCUACGACACUCUCGCCCUCAUCUUCUCGGGGAUGGGCUGGGCUGGCAAGAAAUACUGCUACAAGGAGAUACAACGCUUCAUCAACUGGCAAGCAGACGCCAUCAAGUCAGCUGACCCGGCGGCCCUGGUCACAGUGGGCGUGUUUAAACCCAACUCAUGCACCGACAGCUUCUGGUUGGUCAACCACUACUCCGACACUUGCCUGGUCGCUGCGGGGGGACGACCACUGGGCACCCUGGACUUCUAUGAGUACCACUCGUACUCGUGGGAUGGUAUCUUCGACGGUGUGGCAGUUUUCAGACAUUCAGCCCCAGACUACAAGAUGAACAAGCCGAUCCUGGUGGGGGAAUUCUGGGAGAAGGAGGGCGGCGGUCUGACCAUCACGGAGAUGUUUGAGUACGUGUACCGCGGGCUGUACGCCGGAGCCUGGAGCUGGGACCUGGUCAAGUUUGGGGAGAGUCAGAGGCGAGGAGUUGACCACAUCCGGCACUUCACGGGGAACGGGACCAUCCCGAUACACUUGCCGAGGGAGGGGGAGGUGUGGGGUGAGCUAGAAAAUAUUAGGAAUGAGCUAGAAAUUACUGGGGAUGGGCUAGAAAAUAUUUGGGAUGAGCUAGAAAAUACUGAGGAGUUAGAAAAUACUGGGGAUGUGCUAGAAAAUAAUGGGGGUGAGCUAGAAAAUACUGCUGAUAAGCUUGAAAAUAUAAGGAAUAAGCUAGAAAAUGUUACGGACGAGCUAGAAAGUACUGGGGAACACGACGGAUGAGGUAAAAAAUACUUGGGGAUGAGCUAGAAAAUAUAAUGGAUGUGCUAAUAUCUUGACAAUAUACAUCUUAUAUCCUUUAUACAUUCUUUAUGAAAGAGCUUUCUUACUUUUACAGUAGGUGUCGCAUUCAAGAUCUCGUUGAAUGUGACUAAGGCUAAAGUAAAGUAGGAGACAAGUUAUAAUAUUGCACGAUGUACUAAUACCAGUCAUUAAAACAGUUGUUCCCCCUGAUGACGAAAAUCUCAAACAGCAUCAGUGUGCGCGUGUUUGAGAUGUGUUCUGACCGUCAUUUCUGC